AUGGUCUUUUGUUCGACUAAGCGCUCUCACCUUCCUCGCUCCCCCUCUCUCUCUCUCCGUCCAAUCUCGUCCCCAAGAAGGAAACCCUAGGAUCGAACCCACCUCGUUCUCUCCGUCCCCUCCUCCCGAUCCCCAGAGACCCUCCCCUUCUUCGCCGGUGAGCGCUCCUGACGGCCGACCCGGGCCGUCCGUUCCGACCUCCGGAGGACCGAGGGCGGAGAUGGAAGAACCCAGCGCCCGACCAAAGAACCCUAGAAGAGCCCGCCUCGCCCGCCGUGACCUCAACUCCAAGGACAUGGCGGGGCAUGGUGCCGUGGGUGGAGUUGCUAAUGCUGAAGGAAUGGAGGAUGAUGAGUUGGAUGGGGAUAACGCCACGGACGGUGGCUAUGAUGGAGUCCCGGAGGUGGGCAUGGUGUUCAAAACACAUCAAGAAGCCUCCAAAUUCUACAAGAGAUAUGCUCGCCGGGUGGGAUUUGGUGUCUCCGUGAGAAGAUCUUCCUUCACCAAGGAAGGCCAGUGUUUGUAUCUAGAACUGAUGUGCUGCAAAGGAGGUCGGAAACGGCCGGAGCCAAAGUUUAGGAAGAGGACUUCGGCGACCACAAACUGCCCGGCGAGGAUUCGGGUGAAGUUAUGGGGUGAUGGGAUGCUGCAUUUGGAGUUGGCCAACCUUGAUCACAACCAUCCUGUCAGCCCAUCGAUGGCCCGUUUCUUGAGCUGCUAUAAGCAGCUUGGCGCAGCUAAGAAGCGAGGCGCUGAACAGAUGAAUGAUGAUGGUGUACUGGUGCAGCCAGAGGAACUGCCUCAAGUUCCUGUUGAUAGAUUAGGUGCGCUUGAAGAGCUACUCUUUAGUGAAAGUGGACAUAGGAGUUUUGUUGAAAGGGGUAGGUUGAGGCUUGGGGAAGGGGAUGCUGAAGCUCUCCGCCUGUUCUUUACUCGGAUGCAAGCUAAGAACUCAAAUUUCUUUAGCGUCAUUGAUUUGGAUGAGGAAGGCUGUGUCAGGAAUGUGUUCUGGGCCGAUGCCAGGUCGAGGGCAGCAUAUCAGUAUUACAAUGAUGUUGUUGCUCUUGAUACAACCUAUGUUACAAAUAAAUAUGACAUGCCUCUUGCGACUUUUGUGGGGGUGAACCAUCAUGGUCAACUGGUGUUAUUGGGCUGUAGUUUUCUCGCGGAUGAGACGACAGAGACCUAUGUAUGGUUGCUUAAGGCAUGGUUAGCAUGUAUGUCAGGGCAUCUUCCCAAGGCCCUGAUCAGUGACCAUUGUAAGGGCAUUCAGAGUGCAGUUGCCGAGGUGCUUCCAGGAAUUCGUCACCGCCUAUGCUUGUGGCAGAUAAUGAAAAGGGUUCCAGAGAAAUUAGGGGGUCUGGCUGAGUAUAGAGCAAUUAACAAGGCAAUGCAAAAGGCUGUGUAUGACUCCUUGAGAGUCGAUGAGUUUGAAGAGGAUUGGAGGAGGAUGAUGGAGAUUUAUGGAAUUCAAGGAAAUGAGUGGCUAGGAUCGCUUUAUGAAUGUCGGCAUGCUUGGGCCCCUGUUUAUCUUAAAGACACAUUUUGGGCAGGAAUGUCCACUACCCUACGUAAUGAGACUAUGACUGCCUUUUUUGAUGGGUAUAUAGAUUCCAAAACUUCUUUGAAGCAGUUUCUUUGUAAAUAUGAGAUGGCUUUGCAGAGUAAAUAUGAAAAGGAAGCCCAAGCAGAUUUUGAGACAUUCCAUAAAAGACGUCCCUCAGUAUCAAAGUUUUACAUGGAAGAGCAGCUGUCAAAAGUAUACACUCUUAACAUGUUUAAAAAGUUCCAAGAUGAGAUCGAGGCCAUAAUGUAUUGUCAUGCAUCAUUAGUUAAGUCUGAUGGGCCAGUCUCUACUUUUGAUGUCAAGGAAUGUAUUUUUCUUGAUGAUGGCAAGAGGACAAUGAAUAGGAACCAUGGAGUUCUGUUCAAUGCAGAACAAAAGGAAGUUCAGUGCAUUUGCGGUUCAUUUCAAUUUAGAGGAAUACUGUGUAGGCAUGCUUUAUCUGUGUUUAAGCUGCAACAAGUGCAUGAAAUUCCAUCCAAGUAUAUUCUUGAUCGGUGGAAAAAGGACUUCAAGCGGUUGCAUGUUAUGGCCCGUUCUUCAAAUGAUGUGGUUGCUAAUAACCGAGUGGAUCGUUAUGAUUAUUUAUCAAUGCGAUGCCUUCAACUGGUUGAAGUUGGAGUUUUAUCAGAUAAAUACCAACUUGCUUUGAAGUUGAUAAGGGAGAUGGAGAAGUUUCUUCUAAGCGACAGCACACAUGAUGAUACACAACCUAAGAUUAAGCCUCGCAAUCCUAAAACAAAUAAACUAAAUCGAAACAUUAAUCAAAAUGUAGGAAACAUCAUAGCUUCUGAAAAAGGAAAUGAAGUGCGGCGGCGAGGUCGGCCACCACAAGCAAAAGAGUCUCAGGCAUCGGCUUCUCUUGGAACAUUGAAGGAAGGAGGGAAUCCGCAGGUCUUUCCACCUGGUAGCCAGUUUGGUAUACCAAUGAAUCACUCUCAAUAUAUCGGCCAUCAAGCGGCAAUGCGUCCAAGCAUUGUUUAUAUGUUUCCGGGUGGGUUUGACCCACAGACAUUUGGAAAUGGACCAAUGAUGCCAUGGAUUUAUCAGCAAAUGUUCCAGGCAGCUCAGAAACCAAAGGAAUCUCCUGGUCCAAGUGCAGGACAACCAACAAGAAAACGGAAGAUAUAUCGUGGCCACAAGCCUGUGGAAGCUACUCAGGAACCCAAAGAACCUCCUGCCCCCGCAGCCCCGGCAGCUGGUUAGCAGAGGCAUCAAAAUGCAGAAACAUGGCCCUAGGUGGUACAGAAGCAGUUGAAAGUAAGAGCGUGAGAGAAAGAAAAAAUCUUGCAAUAAUUACUGAGGAACAUCAGGGUUUCAAUGUUAAAGCAUGAUCUAAAGGUCCUCUCCCAAUUCACAACUUUGAUUCUGAUAGGUCUGGAGUCUAAUCACCUGCCAGUAUGGCUCUUUUUCAGAAGCCUGACACAAUAGCUUUUGCAGUAAGAUAUCUGACCAAGAUGCGGAUCUUUCCAGAUUUACACUAUUUGCAAUUAGCCCCACAUGGGAAGAACAUCCUGACUUCUACAAUCUGAAAUGAAAGUUUUCCUGGAUUUUCUUUGGUUGGAAAUUUGUUGGCAACUACGUCCAGGUCUAGUUAGCAUUAGCCUUUUUUAUGUUUUCUUGGAAAGGGUGUUUCUGGUGUAUUUGUAUCAUAGUUCUCAAAAUGCGGUUUAGUGAUACUUGGUGGGAAUUGUUGUUAGGCUUGCAUGGUGCAGCUAAAUGGUUCAAUUAGACAUCUUCUGUAAAUAAUUGUGUUGUUCAAUGCUGUUUAUAUGGGAAUGCUGUUUAACAUCAAAUCUGUUCCAUAAAUAU